AUGGGGAAAUCAGAAAAAAACUAUUGGCUAAUAAAAACAGAACCAGGGAAAUGGUCAUGGGAAGACCAAGCAAAAAACAAAGGCAUUUCAAAUUGGGACGGAGUUAAAAACCACCAAGCAAUCAAAAACUUAAAAUCCUUCCGUCUAAACGACCUUUGUUUCUUUUACCAUUCGGGGACCAAGUCUCCCCAGAUAGUCGGGGUCGUGACCGUUAUUCGUGAAUGGUACGAGGACGAUAAAGGGAACGGGCUUGUCGAUGUGAAAGCGGUCGGGGAGAUGAGGAGAGUGGUUGAUUUGAAGAAAAUGAAAGUGGAGUUGAAAAUUGAUAAAAAGGAUUUUGGGUUGUUUAGACAACCCAGGUUGUCGGUUGUUCCGGUUAGCGAAGAUGUUUGGGACAAGAUUCUUGUUUUGGGUAAUGGGUAUCAAGGUGAUGGUGUUUGUAUAGAUGAUGAUGCAUAG